CGUGGCAGGAGGGGAUGUGGGGGGGGGCAUUGUGCCUGCUGCCAGGGAGAGGGGAGUGGGGGGGUGGGCAGCCCAGGGAAAGGGAGGCUCCGCCUGCUGCACAGCCAGUCCCAGCCUCCCCCGGAGGGCCUGUCCGCCCUUCCGAGACUCUCCUCCUGGCGCGAACGGCUGUUGGCCCCCUGCGCCCAUCUGUGGGUCCCUCUGGAAAGGCCUGAGGCUGGGAAGGGGGGGCCAGUCUGCUGCCCGAAGCCCACCGCCUGCCCACCCAGGCCCUGCCGCCCUCUGCAACCCUCAAGGCAAAGGUGAUCUGGGCAGAAAGGGCAGUUCUCCCGAGUCUCCAUCCGGCCAGGCAGAGGAGGAACCACUGGAAAUCCUGCCUGGCGCCUUUGCCCCAAGCGCUGCCUCCUGCCUGGAAAGCGGGCCGUGACUGGCAGCACCGCUCUGCCUCUCCCACGAAAGAAUGCUGAAGUGAAGUGGGCCCUUUUUCAAAGGGUGACAAACUUCCCCCCUUUCCGGUUGCACUGUGUGGCUCUUGCGCUUCCACGUGGGCGUUUGGGAUGCAGGCUGUCGUGCUGCCCACAACGACGCGGUUUCUGGAGAGGCUCCGCGCAGGCCUCUCGGGUGAGACUCGGCGGGAAAGAGACCAGUAACGUCUUCCGUUAAAGACCCCGGAUGUUCCUUUGGGGGCAGGAUGCAAGCCCCCGUCAAGUAUCUUUAAGUAAAAGAAAAGGAAAAAGGAAACGGCUCCUGUUGUGAGAUUUGUCAUGGAAUUGAUCCUUUUUUCCCUUCCCCUUUCCUGCCUUCCUCCUCCCUCUUCUCUUUCUACACCAUUCACCAUUCACCUUAAAAAAAUCUCAGCCAGGCGUUGUUUUCUUAGCUUUUCCCCUCAAGGAGAUUUUCCCGCAGGUGCAGACAAAGAUCUCGGGAUCGGUGGCUAAAAAGGCUGUUCUUGGCCUGGGCAUGUCGGCCGGUGUUUUCCGUCCCGAAUGUGGCAGGCAGCUUCCAAAGGUACGACGCGGGCAAAGACGGCUUCAUCGACCUGAUGGAGCUGAAACUGAUGAUGGAGAAACUGGGGGCUCCCCAGACACACCUGGGCCUGAAGGACAUGAUCAAGGAAGUGGACGAAGACGUGGACAGCAAGCUCAGCUUCCGGGAGUUUCUCCUCAUCUUCCGCAAAGCGGCUGCUGGGGAGCUGGAGGAAGACAGCGGGCUGCACGCCCUGGCCUGCCUCUCGGAGAUCGACGUCUCCACCCAGGGCGUCAAGGGGGCCAAGAGCUUCUUCGAGGCCAAAGUGCAGGCGAUGAACGUGGGCAGCCGCUUCGAGGAGGAGAUCAAGGCGGAGCAGGAGGAGAAGCGGCGCCAGGCGGAGGAGCUGAAGCAGCGGAAGGAGGCCUUCAAGGAGCUGCAGUCCACCUUCAGGCAGUAGCUGCCCCCCCUCCCCGGGCGGCCCCCUCCCCACCACGCCCAUCUGCCCCCCUCCCUGCAAGGACCCCCGGCUGGUGUUUGCGGGUCAGGUGGCCGCUAGAGGCGCAGGAACAGGAGGGGCCCCGGUCAGCUGGCGACCCAGCGUGGUUGGUGGGCGAACUGCCAUGGGAAGAAGGCGGACCUUGGAGCCCCCAGACCCAUUUGAACCUGAUUUGCACCCCCUCCCAUGAGCCAGCUGUUCGGUGUUUCCUUUGCGGCGUUUUCGUCUCCCGUCUGUCGGUCUCGUGGUUCUCGGUGUCUCCCGGUCCCAGAUUUGCGGCGUGUGAAUCGUUCCGUCCUCCCCCCGGGGUUGCAUGGAUGUGGCUUGCUCUUAGAGGCGGGGUGA